AAGUAAGUUGGAGUAGAAAAAGAUUACAAAAAUCAGGAUUUAGGGUUUAGGAACACGAAGAGUAUGGGCCAAAUUUAUACAGGAAGAACGAAACCCUAACAAGCGGGAGUUGGCCAGGGACACAGAGCAUACUUCUUGGCAUCACCACUUGGUACGAAUCCCAGGCAAGUUUAUAUUUCAAUUCCAACUUCUCCGUAUUUCAUAUGCAAAUCACUUCUAAAAUCCCCCAAAAUAUGAUAACCCAGAUUAACAAAAAGCUAAUCUUACUCUCACUAACCUCAGUUGAGCUACACAAACCCCCUCUCUGCCACUCAAUCUCACUCUUGUUCUACUCUUCCUCCCGACUCGAAAAGCCGAAAUCAAAAUCCAAAAUAUCUGUAUCUGAAUACUUAAUCACCCAGCAUCAGUUUUCCCCAGAAGCCGCUUUGAAAGCCGCAUCAACAAUCGCUUUUCUGAAAAGCCCUGCAGAUUCUAGUUCGGUGAUUUCGUUUCUCAGAGAAAGCGGCUUCUCGAAGACCCAUAUGGAAGAUGUGAUUAAAAGGGUCCCCAGGAUUCUAACUUCCAAUCUUGACACUGUCCUCAAACCCAAAUUCAAGGUCUUCCAGGACUUGGGCUUUUCGGAUUCCGACAUUGUUGAUAUUGUGUCCUCUGACCCCUGGAUUCUGUGGCGAAGUGCCGAUAAUAGGCUUGCCCCUGCUCUGUUGGUGCUGAAGAAGAUUCUCGGAUCGAAUGCUCGUGUGCUCAAGGCUUUAAAGUUGCCCGGGUGGUUUCUUAAAUAUGACUUGGAGAAGACAAUGAUGUCCAAUGUUGAGGUCUUACAGAGUUAUGGUAUAAAAUCGCCACAAAUUAUCAAAUACAUUUUUCAGUUUCCAAGGUUUUUUGUGCAUAAGCCGGAGAGUAUUGUGGAAGUUGUUAAAAGGGUUGACGAGAUGGGUUUUGAUAUGAAGUCCAAGAGGUUCCUAUCAGCAAUUCGGAUCAUGACUUCGCUGACUGUGGAUACAUGGGAACGGAAGGUGAAGCUUUUCAAGAGUUUGGGGCUUUCAGAAGAUGAUAUCUCGGCGGUUUUUAGGAGGGUACCUCAGGUGUUUGCGGUAUCUGAGAACAAGAUUAAGGAGGUUACAGAAUUGCUACUCAGCACUGGCAAGUUUGAUAUCUCGUUUAUAGUUAAUCGCCCAGAAUUGCUUAUUUAUAGUGUCGAGCACAGGCUGAAACCACGUUUACGAGUUAUGGAGAUCCUCGAAAAGAAAAAACUACUUGGUAAAAAACAUAAUUUGAUCACAAUCUGCAAAUACUCUAAACAGAAGUUUGCUGAGUUAUAUGUUAUUCCUUAUGCAAAUGAACUUGAAGGAAGAGUGCAUGAAGGGAAAUCAUGAUCUCCUGAUUGUUACUGAGGUAAUACCAUAUUGCAGGGCCACAGAAAACUCUGUUUGACACUUGGGAAUGAAUGUCAAAGCUUAUAUAUUUCUGUACCUCAAAAUGAAAAGUGGUAAGGGAUGCCAAAGAAAGGGCCCAAUUUUUAACCCCUUGGGGUUAGCCCAAGCAGUGAGGGAGGGUAGGAUAAUGAACUAGGAUUAAGAUAGGUCAUGAGUUCGAUUCCCUCCCGUGUAUAACCGAAUAAGGCAGCCCUCUGAAGAGGGGGUUUUCGGUUGUUCCUUUUCUGAUACCAAUAUAAGGACAUGUGAAACUCAACUUUUAGUUAAGAGUCCUAAUUGCUUUACUUUUUACCAA